AUGGACGAGAUGCGUGGCUUGAGCGAGCUGCCGAUGAGCGAAUUGAUCCAUAUGAAGUCUUCCUUCGGGGGCGAAGAAGACUUCCUCGAGGAGGAUGAUGAAGCCAGUGAGAUAUCGAGUAGAGCGUUAUCCCUCUCGCUACCAAUGGCGUUUCCCUUAAAGAGAAAUAUUAAGAAGAACAACGAAAGGCCAAUGAGAAGAUACGGGGAGCACUACGAGGAGAAAGGAAAAGACACGAAAAUCUCACAAAUAUUCCAGCUGGCGGUCACGGCGUUAUCGUUUCUGGCUUUCGGCGGGUAUUUGCUCACGCUCAUAAUAACAGCUAUUCGCCGAAACUCGGGAAACAUGAACAACGGAAAUGUGAUUGUUCUAUCGAGCUUGCAGGGACUGCAGCAGAGCUAUAAUCGGCCGAAGAGGAACGUCUUCGUCUUCGAUCCUGCAGAAAACGAUUUCGAGAUCGAGAAGCUUUAUCAGGGAAUGAUCAUGUUGUCGCGGUCUUAUGCGAUGUACAAUUAA